AGCAAACUUGAUGAUUACCAGGAACGAAUGAAUAAGGGAGAACGUCUGAAUCAAGACCAACUGGAUGCAGUGUCAAAAUACCAGGAAGUGACAAAUAAUCUGGAAUUUGCUAAAGAACUGCAGAGGAGUUUUAUGGCACUGAGCCAAGAUAUCCAGAAAACAAUAAAAAAGACAGCUCGCAGGGAGCAACUGAUGCGAGAAGAAGCUGAACAGAAACGUUUGAAAACUGUAUUAGAACUACAGUUUAUUCUGGACAAGUUGGGUGAUGAUGAAGUGCGCAACGACUUGAAGCAAGGAUCAAACGGAGUGCCAGUACUGACAGAGGAGGAACUGACAAUGCUGGAUGAGUUUUACAAGCUAGUUUACCCUGAACGAGACAUGAGCAUGAGAUUGAAUGAGCAGUAUGAGCAAGCGUCUGUUCACCUGUGGGAUUUACUGGAAGGGAAGGAAAAACCGGUUUGUGGAACAACAUACAAAGCGCUGAAGGAGAUUGUUGAACGUAUUCUUCAAACUAGUUACUUCGACAGCACCCAUAACCAUCAGAAUGGAUUAUGUGAGGAAGAAGAGGCAGCGCCCGCACCUGCAGUAGAAGACACUGUAGCAGAAGCAGAACCUGAUCCAGUGGAAGAAUUUACUGAACCAACUGAAGUUGAAUCAACUGAGUAUGUAAACAGACAAUUCAUGGCAGAGACUCAGUUCAGCAGUAGUGAGAAGGAACAGGUAGAUGAGUGGACAGUUGAAACGGUUGAGGUUGUAAAUUCACUGCAGCAACAGACACAAGCUACAUCUCCUCCGGUUCCGGAACCUCACACACUCACUUCUGUGGCUCAAGCAGAUCCUCUUGUUAGAAGACAGCGAGUACAGGACCUUAUGGCGCAGAUGCAGGGCCCGUAUAACUUCAUGCAGGACUCUAUGCUGGAGUUUGAGAACCAAACACUUGAUCCUGCCAUUGUAUCUGCACAGCCUAUGAAUCCAGCACAGAAUUUGGACAUGCCACAAAUGGUUUGCCCCCCAGUUCAUGCUGAGUCAAGACUUGCCCAGCCGAGUCAAGUUCCUGUGCAACCAGAAGCUACACAGGUUCCCUUGGUUUCUUCUACAAGUGAGGGAUAUACAGCCUCCCAACCCAUGUAUCAGCCUUCUCACACAACAGAGCAACGGCCACAGAAAGAAUCAAUUGACCAGAUUCAGGCUUCAAUGUCACUGGCUGCAGACCAGACCCCAUCAUCAUCAUCACUUCCCACUGCAUCCCAGCCACAGGUGUUCCAGGCUGGAUCUAGCAAGCCUUUGCAUAGCAGCGGGAUCAAUGUUAACGCAGCUCCAUUCCAAUCCAUGCAAACAGUAUUCAACAUGAAUGCACCUGUUCCUCCUGUUAAUGAGCCAGAAACCCUGAAGCAGCAAAAUCAGUACCAGGCCAGUUACAACCAGAGUUUCUCCAAUCAACCUCACCCAGUAGAACAAUCAGAUCUUCAGCAAGAGCAACUCCAGACAGUGGUUGGUACUUACCAUGGUUCCCCGGACCAGACCCAUCAAGUGGCGGGUAACCACCAGCAACCUCCCCAGCAGAAUACUGGAUUUCCACGUAACAGUCAGCCUUAUUACAACAGCCGAGGAGUGUCUCGUGGUGGAUCACGUGGGGCUCGUGGGUUAAUGAACGGUUACAGGGGACCGGCAAAUGGAUUUAGAGGAGGAUAUGAUGGCUACCGUCCUUCCUUUUCCAACACUCCAAACAGUGGUUAUACGCAGCCCCAGUUUAAUGCUCCUCGGGAUUAUUCAAACUACCAGCGGGAUGGAUAUCAACAGAAUUUCAAACGUGGCUCUGGACAAAGUGGACCUCGGGGAGCUCCUAGAGGUCGUGGAGGGCCCCCAAGACCAAACAGAGGGAUGCCUCAAAUGAAUGCUCAGCAAGUGAAUUAAACAAAUUCACAGGAUUACAUUAAACGCCAAAAACACACUGGCCAGUGUACUAUACAUGUUACCAGAAGAGUUAUUAUCUAUUUGUUCUCCCUUACAGGAAGUUUGUUGUAAAGGGACUAUUUUCAUUACCCAUAAUGACAGGACUACAGUUGCCAGCUUUAUGUUACCUGGAUAUGGAAAGGAUCGAAACGUUUACUCUGCAUGUUCUGUCCUAAGCAUCAUCUUGAGCCUUGCACAUGAGAUUCAGAUUCCUCACCCUUGCUAAGAGUAAAGCAAAAAAGGCAAUUUUCAGGGUGAUCCAAUCUCCGUGGUUAACUGAAGUGGCAGGAAAAAGUAAAGACUUGCUUCUGACAUUAAAAAGUGAUGUAACAAAUUUGGAUAAAAUCUGCAAAUUCGUAAAGAUUUACUCUGGUAGUUGACAAAACUUAAUAUUCCCAUGAAAGGAUGGAAAAGGUGAAGUGUGGCUUGGUGUAGAGCAACUGCAUUUCAGCUUUUUCUUACUAAAUUGAAGCACUGAACAGUUAAAGAUGCGUAGCGAUGUGUAUUUCCCUCAAUAGACUAAUAGGCUUAUAGCCAGUUUUUGACAAAGAAGCAGCACCCUUAGCUACAGCAUCCCUCAUCACCAAGGCCCUGUCUACUGUGGCUAAGGAUUUAAGAUCACUUGCGUAACUGCUAAUGUAAUUGUGUAAUUUUAUUAUUUUUUUUUAAAGAAGAAAAAAAA